AUCAUUUUUUUUUUCUAUUUCAAAUCAAACAUCUAAUGUGAAACUCAAAAAUUAAAAUUUUUGUAUCUUACUUUGUUAGUUAUUAAGUAGGUAUAAGUUACGUAAAUUAUAAACUAUGAUUUGAAAGACAGUAAAAAAAAUAGUAGCAAGUUGCCCCUGGAGUUAUAUGCAGACGUGACUAUACCUCUUUUCCAUUAGCGAGAAGGCCCGUCGAAAUGGCCGAUGAAGUCCCAAAUAGUCUGAAGCAACGUUUUAAGGGGGUUGAAAACUUUCUUCGCAGAAUCGCUUUCAAUUUAGGAAAUUCACCAUCACAAACUGAAGUCAAAAUUAUCUCCUGCAUUCCCAUAGACGUCACUGACCUUCAACAAAAAAUAUGUGAUUUGGAGAGAGUAGUGACACGCUUGCACAAGCCGCCUGCAAUAGUGCACACUGCUCUGUGCGAGCCUACCCGCUGUGAGGCCGAACCGCCUGCCUUCCAAGAGAGGGAACUUCAGCAAACAAACCUCCCGGAAAGUCCCGCUUGUGACAAUAUUUUAAAGGACGUUAAAUAUCUCAGCGAAAAAAAACCCUCAGUAUUGAAAAUAAGUAAUAAUGCACGUGAAUUCAGUACUCUUACACCUGUACCGAAUACUACAGUCAUAGACAAUAUUGCAGAAAAGAAUAGAGGGAACACUAUUAGCUCCAGUCUAAUCACUUUUUUAAAUGGAAACAAUGAGAAAAAUAACAUUAUUAAAAAUAACUUUUCCAAAAAAUUGAGGAGAAAGCUAGAGAAGAGGAGGAACAGCAAACCAAAGAGCCACCUGGUGUUCUACGCACAAACAGACGAUUCACCGUUUAAAAUUCACAAUCAAGUUGAGAAGAGAGCCACUAAUGUUGUUGAUAAGAAAUUGGGUAAGAGCAAGAAAGAGAAAAAGACUACGAAACUUUAUACGAAUAAUUAUUAUCUGAGUGAUAUGGUACGCCAGUACGAGCCUUUAAUGCACCAGUUGUCAGGAGCGACUUAUGUUGAAAGCGACUUUUCAUCGCCAAUCUGCAGAGACAUAGAGUACAAUUGCUCGACUGCAGCCUAUGGAUCUGAUUUAUGUUCGUGUUGUCAUAAGGACUUCGUCAACAUCGAUAACGGUGAAGUCAGUCAAGAGUUUGGAUUCAGUAGUAAGUUCCAGGAACAAAUAAACAGUCAAAACAUGUACUACGACUCGAGCCUCUAUGAUUUAGUGCCUGUUAAAGAAGCUCCAGUUAAACCUAAAAAAAUGACAGCCCCCGUCAAAGAAGCUUUAAUUAAACCUAAGAAAAACUUGGAACUGUAUAAAACUAAAAAGAACCAAAGAUAUGAAAUUGACUUUUCGCACUACAUGGAUCAUUAUGGUGAUAGACCAUAUGAUCGCUCAAUGUAUGUUAAUUAUAAUACUCUAGCACCGGCACCUAGAGUCGUGCAGACUACACCCAGGACCAAAGCACCUACUCGUAAAACAUGUAGAAGAAAACCAGUAACACGACGAAUAAGCAUUUACAAUGAUGACAUAGGUGAAGCCACUUCAUAUAGCUGUCGCAUUGAGUGCGGAGACGUGUACAAAAAAACAACUUGUAUACCUGAACCAUCAAAAAAGACAGAGGAAAGAAAAAAAACAGUUACUUACAAUGAUGCCGAGACAGCCACAAUCAACAAUACUGAAUGCCAAACUGUGACUACAAUACAAAACGUGGAAAACGACUCAAUCCCAUCUGACGACAAAACUGAAAUAACCUUAAACCAAAUAAAAUCUAUACUACAAUCUGUGCUGACAGAAGUAAAAACAAACAGUAAAUUAAAUAAACCAAAGGUAGGUGUCGAAGUAAAAUUAAAGAAAGAUGCUGUUAUACAAAACGGCACUUCUUUCGGUACAAUGCCAGGAAGCUCGCGUCUUUUAAAUAGCUUCUCAUAUGGAGCUUACAACACGGGGCCUUAUGGGGCGUCGUGUUCACACCCAAUAAACUCUGGCCAACAGUGGUCAGGUGUGCCCUUUCCACCUAGAUGUAUGCACAAUUAUCCCGUCUUCAUCCAAUCACCUGGUCGGCUGCCCUACGGCGCUUGUUUUAAAAAUACCCCGCAUGUGAUUAAACAAUCCGCACAUACUGCAUGCAGAGCAAGUGCAGCUACCAAUACUAAUCACGAAAGGCGAGACGACCAUAAUUACGAAACUGACACAUUGAUCAAAGAAAUUUACAAGUCCAUAGCUCUUAACAUAGACAUGCCGAAAAAAGACACUUCCACAAGCAACUGCAGUAGCGUUUGGAAGCAGCGUUCAAGUCGCACCUCUACUAAAUCCAGCUUUAAACACGAUAAAACUGCGAGACAAGUGUUUCCCUUGGGCCCACCAAGUCACGUAAGCAACGGAAGACACGCAAAUAAUCCUGUAACAUUCAGUCAAUUAGGUUCGAAUUCACAGAUAAGUAGGAAAAGGGAUGGGAGGAGUUCAGUGCAGUCGACUCCGUACAGUUCGAACACGUUCAAUAAUAAGUUGACAUCGAAUAGUUUAACUGUGCAGUCUAACACGAUGAGUUCCACCAAUGAAGGACGAAUGAAAAGCAACCGGCACUACCUGGACACAACGCAGGAGCUGCCGUCCGAAAACGAGAUCGAGAUCAGGGAGCCUAAAAAGAAAGUCGUGGUGUCAGACCGUCGGCCACCAACCACGAGCACAGGCGUCACAGCCGAAACAGCCGAAGAAGAAUCUGACGGGUCCGUACAAACGAUCCUUCCGGAUGAAGCAAUUAACGAGAAGAAAAAAGGUGCAAAUCUAUUCUCUAAGAUGAUCCAGUCGGUGAAACUGUUUAAGAACAGAAGGAGGAGGAGUCAGAAAUCCAAAAUAGACUCUGAAGAAGAAGAAAGCGACUCUGACGAUUACCAAACUAUUUACAGUCAGCAAGUGCAACAGCCCAGAAGACCCCUCAUACAGAUACAUGUGCCACCUCGCAAGCUUCCCCACUCUAAGGUGUCGUAUUCGAGGCAAAUGAGAGGCCGAAACCAGGAAAAGCAGCGGCGCUCGCCCAUGGAGCAAGAGUAUCGGAGACAAUGGAACGAACGGCUGAUGUAUCAGCGGAGGCCUCCUCGCUCUACCGACCAAUCAGAGCGCAGCUAUAAAGGCUCACAGAGGACCUAUGACAAACCAUACAACUCGCCGUACAUGCCGAAACCAGUGAUGGUGGAGCAAGGUAUACCAGUGCAGAAUACAAUGUUCCAAGACAUUUUGUCGACCAUGUCGAAGCAGAAGCCCUACGUCCCGCCGCCGCAGCGCAUGGGUCCCGGGCCGCCUAAAGGAAUGUCCUGGUUCCAGAAACGAAUGCGUUGCGGCGAAAAUAUUGUCAAGAGUUUGAUUGUCAACAAUUGAGGGUGCAGGGACAAGUCGAAAUGGCAGUGCCUGGUGUCUGGUCAUAGGUUCAAAUGAGACUACUACUGCGCUCCUAUGCAUCAUACAUUUGUGGUAUUAACAAGGAAUCCGUCAAAAACGUGUGUGCUAACUUUUGUUGGAAAGAUUCGUUCCGGGUUCCAAAUAAAUGUUCGUCACCAGGCAUACAACGUUCCAACUUUGUGCCAUUUCGAAAUGUCACAGUACACAAUGGGUGUAGAUUUGGUUAAAGUGAAUUCAAAAUCGCCUCUAUCUAUAGUAGUUGUUGUUUACAAGCUAUUCAGAUACGAUUUUGAACAUUAGCAGAAUCAACACCCAGUUUCUGUGUUAAUAAAAAAAUAUCGCGGGCAAUGCCAGGAAGGAAGAAAUGGUACAUGAUAUGGUUAGGUUUGGUAUAGUUUCCGGAUUAUGUUGACUGAGAAAAUUCAUUGUCUAUGGUUGCUAUGUUAUAUGACUAGAAUAAGCUUUUUUUUAAUCUGUCAUAUUCAGUUUUGUGGCAAUAGUCCGACGAUUAUGAAUGUUGUGUAUAUUAUUUAUAUAUUGUCAUGUAUCAUAAAAUUUGUUAUAAUUAGCUCUUGUGCAGUUAAUGUAUUCUAUUAAAUUGAAAUUGCCUUUGCUCGUGUAUGAAUUUCUUCCUUCGUGUUUUAUAUGUUUUAAAUUGUUUGUGUAAUACAGGAAUUAUUGGAAACUAUAAAUAAAAUGUCUGUCAUAUUUUAUUAUUUU